GUCUAGUGCCGGGAACCUUCAGCAGCACCAGAAGUGCAUGUUUUUUACCUUUAAAAAUUCACGGAUCUCGAAGUAAUCACCAAUAUGUACUGCAACAUUAUUUUUGCCGGGGAUGUCCUCCUCAACCUCCACUAGGUGAAUACCUUGAUUCACACCUGUGCUUCACCAUGGAUUCCUACCGGAUUUUCGGAGGCCUUCGAAGCCAAGAAUUAUCAAAAUCAAAAAACUACUACCGAUCUUUCUCAAACAAACCAUUCAUCACCUGUUGCUAAGGCCUUGGGUCGCAACAUACCUGCAUUUUGGUACUUGGCAAAGGUGUUCAGAACACGGAUUACAGGUUGUCAAGAUGAGCAACCAAACCAUGAACAAAAAGUCCUGGGAGUCCCUUUCCUCGACGUUUUCUGGCCUUGAAAUAUCUCUCUCUCAGGACAGCUGCUACGCAUCUGAUGAGGUUUCUGUCGCUUCAACUAAUCCGACCACCAUCAAUUCGUCGGUUAUUUCAACCGCUGCACCCACCAAAGUAACGUCACAGCCUCCGUAUUUGAAACCGAUCCUGAAGAGACGGUACGCGGAGAUCGCAGAAGACGAAGAAUCUGAGUCGGGCUAUGCAUCCGGUGUCUCUGAACACGAAUACGAAUUUUUGUCAGAAGACGAGACGUCUGAUGAUGACGAAGAAGAUGAUGAUGUGUACUACGUCACAUGCUGGGAAGACGCAUCAGACACUUUAUCUGAAUAUAGCGAUGAUGAUGAUGACUAUGAUGAUGGCUCUGCCGAUGGCUCAUUCAUCUCAUUUGGGUCCAACGUUAGGUUUGAUACCAACGUGCUGUAUAUUGAAGCGCCAGAUCUUCAAGACGAUGAAACACCCUGCACUGAGUUGACCUGCCAUGAGCUAAUGGAGAUGGCAAGAGCAUCUGGCAACCUCCAUUUUCAGGAGGACAACGAUAUCGGUGACGAUUUCGACGACGCCGAACAUGGCGGUAUCAGCGAGUCCAUCAAGCAACUGCCUGAAGAACAUACCAGCGAUGUUGUGGACCUAGACAAGCGACUUUUCCUUGCUUAUAUGAAUGGCAUUAAUGGGAUCGCUGAUCCCGGGUACAAGUCGCGUCUUCACGCGCGGGUCGGCGACAUCAAAAUGGGUCGUGUGAAAUCCCCGUACUUGGAAGCCGAGAAUGCCGAUGGGGUAUAUCUCGAUCAUGCCCUCAACCAUGUGAUUGGGACUUUCCCAAACCUAGUCGCCAAACAGGAGUUUGAGGAACUCCUCAGUCUCAGCAAAGAAAAGGGGGCGCUGCAGCAGCCACCCGAAGUCCGUGCAAGUCUCAAUCGGAGCUUAAUGGAGAAAAUUGAGGGCCUCCUCUCCGAAAGAUUAGCCAGUGAUGUCAACAUCGGACCAGACGAAUUGAGCUUUUUCGCAGGUGGGGUUGCGUAUGCCCUAGAUAACUGGAAACCCUAUUGGGUCCAUUGAAAUGCUUUUAUGAGUAACCCCAAGGCUUCAGUGCAAAAGGAACAUGAAGCCAACGUAGAACCAAAA